GCCAAACAGCUGCCCUUCGGCGCGUUUCCUGGGGCAGGGCCGGGCCCUGUGCGCGGCGACACGGUGGUGGCUGAUAGCGGGAAACAGGCGCUACGAGGCAGCCCCAUCCGACGCAGGACCCCGGUCCUACUGCGCCGCGCCGCUUGGCUCUGGACGCGGUGGGCCAAGAUGUCGACGAAGAAUUUCCGAGUCAGCGACGGGGACUGGAUCUGCCCGGACAAGAAGUGUGGAAAUGUUAAUUUUGCUAGAAGAACCAGCUGUAACAGAUGUGGUCGAGAAAAAACAACUGAAGCCAAAAUGAUGAAAGCUGGAGGGACUGAAAUAGGGAAGACGCUUGCUGAAAAGAGCCGUGGCCUGUUCAGUGCUAAUGAUUGGCAAUGUAAAACUUGUGGCAAUGUGAACUGGGCCAGGAGAUCAGAGUGUAAUAUGUGUAAUACUCCAAAGUAUGCAAAACUGGAGGAAAGGACAGGAUAUGGAGGAGGUUUUAAUGAAAGAGAGAAUGUUGAGUAUAUAGAACGUGAAGAAUCAGAUGGGGAGUAUGAUGAGUUUGGUCGCAAAAAGAAAAAAUACAGAGGGAAGCCAGUUGGGCCUGCAUCUAUCCUGAAGGAAGUAGAAGAUAAGGAAUCUGAAGGAGAAGAAGAGGAGGAUGAGGAUGAAGAUCUUUCCAAGUAUAAAUUGGAUGAGGAUGAGGAUGAAGAUGAGGCUGAUCUCUCAAAGUAUAAUCUUGAUGCCAGUGAGGAAGAAGAUGCUAAUAAGAAAAAGAAAACCAACAGGCGCAGUCGCUCUAAAUCUCGAUCUUCCCAUUCACAAUCUUCAUCGCGCUCAUCCUCCCACUCAAGCUCAAGGUCUAGGUCAAGGUCCCAUUCAAGAAGCUCUUCCAGUUCCAGAUCAAGAUCUCGUUCCACUUCCAGAGAACAUUCUAGAUCUCGUGGGUCGAAAUCAAGAUCCAGCUCCAGGUCGCACAGGGGGUCUUCAACCCCAAGAAAAAGAUCUUACUCAAGCUCUCGUUCAUCAUCUUCCCCUGAGAGAGGCAAGAAGCGGAGUCGCUCUAGAUCUUCUUCGCCCGGUGAUCGCAAAAAAAGACGAUCGAGAUCACGGUCACCCGAAAGACGCCGCAGGUCAUCAUCUGGAUCUUCCCAUUCUGGUUCCCGUACAAGUUCUAAAAAGAAAUAAUGUAUUAAAGUUCACAUUUAAAAAAAAAAAAAAAUCCAGUCCAGUGCAUGAGGCAUAUUUUUAAGAAGUUGGUGUCUUAUUUGGUCAGAAGUGCUAAAUCUGCUAGUAGAAGUGCAUGUUUGUCCUUGCUUUCUGGGAAACUGCAGCUUUAUUCAUUCAUUAAACAAAAAGUAAGGUAGCAUUUUAAGCCAUAAAUUUUCCAGAGUAGGUGUGUACUUUUCAUUAUUCCAUUUAUCUCCUCAGAUGUUGCAUUUUUGUAUUGUUAAGCAAUGUAUAAUUGGGCCCAUGUAUUUUAGUACUACCACAUGGUUGGUUUGUUUUUUAAUUUUUAGAGCUCCAACCAACUACAUUAUUUACCAUUCCCUGAGCUGUGAAUGGAGACAGGUUGAUCUGUGUAGCCCCACCCUCCAAAAGCAAGCUGCCUGCACAUAACAGCUCCUGAGCUUCUUUGAUGCACUUUUGCUAGGACCAUAGGAAAUUACUACAAUUCUAAGGCUAAAGUAUCCCAUACGGGGAGGUUUUAGGCCAGGCUUCCAAUUUUUCUGUAUUUAAACAAAAGUUGUGAUGAGUGGCAGUUCUCUCACAUUUAGUGCAGAUGUCUGAUUCCCACACCCAGUAAUAGGUUCUGUAAUGGGUGAGUGAGACUUCCCCUCUCCCAGCUUGAAGGCUUUUUGGAUCAUUAAGCACUCUCUUCUCCAUAGCUGAGGUCUGUCUCAAAGCUGUAAGUCUCUAUGGAGAUUUAGCCUAUUUGAUCCUGUCUCAGCCAAGGAAAAGCUUGUUUUCUGCAGUAGGUUGCUGGGUGCAAUUUAGUUUCCAUAUGUAUGAAGUCUGUGAUCCUCUCUUAGAAAGGGGACAGUCUUGUAUGGACUUUUAAUGCUAAAAUCAACAUUAUGUAGCUACUUUUGAAGUGAUGGGGACUUUAUGAAACUAGUUUCUUUGGAGUUACAGUACAGGGUUGAAGCCUCUGCAAGCCACCUGUCAAAGAUUAAUUUGGGCUGGAGAGAGCUAUUGUUUUCCACAGUAAAUUUUACUUGUGGUAGAUAAACUGCAUAAGAAGCUCUCCGGAAAUACACACAAAUCUGUGCUUCUAAAUAAAUGUGAUCAAAGAUCAUCACUGUCUCCCUAAACUUUAUAAAAUUUAUGGCUUAAAAUGCUUUAUGAAAUUUGUUUUACUAGCAAUAUCACAUUAAAGCCUGGUCAUUCUUGAGCUCCGUUUGGUUAAGAAAGAUUUGUGUUAACAGUUAUCUUCAGUGGCAUCACAAGGUAAGUAUGUUAAGGGAAAAUAAUGUUUUUUAAAACAAAAAAGCAAUAUAUCUGUAAUUAUUUGAGUACUAAAACUUUCAACAUCUUUGGUAGUUGCUUUUGUAAAAUGAACUUCACAAGACAAACGGAGCAAAAUUACAUUCUGCUUUUCUUUUUUUUUUUAAAUGACUUUUUAAGUUCCUUUUGGACUGAUUUGACAGAGCAAAAUGUUUUUGUUGUAGAAAUAUUUUGAUAAUCUUUUUGCAGAAAAAAUUGCCCUGCAACAACUUCUUUAUCACUUUCUUUUAUAUCUGAUUUCCUUGCUAAAUGUAGUUUAGAUUGCACAAGAACAGUUAGUCUCUUUUAACUGUGCCUCUGACUUCAGGAAAGUCUACCUACUAAAUUGUAAAAAUCAGAUCUAUUAGAAGAUAUGUUAUCUUUUGGUUUAUUCUUGUGCUUUGUAUUAAAAUUGUUGCUGUAUUUAGAUAAAAGUUUUUAAAUUUAGCAAAUGGUAGGCUACAGACAACUCUGAGGAAAAUUAUGGUUUCAUUUGGCUUAGAUAAAAUGUACUAGGUCAUUUAAUGAAGAAAUGAUUCUGCAGACAAAUGUAAAUAAAGCCUGUGAGUCAAUUAUACAA